AUCCGGUACCAAAAUAAAGAUGCCCCGUGGCCGGGACGAUAUGCAAGUAAACGUGGCGGGGCUAAGGAGAAAUAUUAAAAACCUAGCUCACAACUACAGUGAUGCACAGGUUAAGGUACGCGAAGCAACAUCUAACGACCCAUGGGGUCCCUCGUCGACGCUCAUGGCGGAGAUCGCUGACCUCACAUACAACGUUAUGGCGUUCACCGAGAUCAUGCAGAUGAUCUGGAAGCGCCUCAACGACCACGGCAAGAACUGGCGGCAUGUCUACAAAGCUUUAGUGCUCAUGGAAUACCUGAUCAAGACUGGAAGUGAAAAGGUCGCUAUGCAGUGCAAAGAGAAUAUUUUUGCGAUACACACCUUAAAGGACUUCCAGUAUAUGGAGGAGGGGAAAGACCAGGGUCUAAACGUCCGCGAGAAGGCGAAGCAGCUGGUGAACCUGCUGAAGGACGAGGAGCGGCUGAAGAACGAGCGCGCGCGCGCGCUCAAGGCCAAGCAGCGGUUCGCGCAGAGCGCCAGCGCCUUCGGCAGCGACGGCGCCCUCGACUCGCCCUCCAGCCCCGCCUACCCCGCGUACCCCCUGGGCGAGGCGGGCGCGGAGUGGGGCGCGGGCGCGGGCGGGGGCGGCGGCGGGGGCGGGGGCGCGGGGCGCGAGGCGGAGCUGGCGCGGCCGCUGACGGCGGGCGAGGAGGAGCUGCAGCUGCAGCUGGCGCUGGCCAUGUCGCGCGAGGAGGCGGAGCGCGAGGAGCGCCGGCGCCGCUCCGACGACGUGCGCCUGCAGCUGGCCAUCUCGCAGUCGCAGAACGACUUCCACCCUAAAGAAACGAACUUGCGAUGCAGGCAGGAAGUGGAGAAAAAAGUUGAGCCGCAGUCGCAUCUGCUGGACCUGCUGGACGUGAACCUGGGCGCGCACGGCUCCGCCGCCUCCUCCACCGACCCCUGGGGCAUGCCGCAAUCGCAGCCGCAUCCGCGACAGGAACCGGCGGCCGACGCGUGGGCGGCGGUGGGCGCGGGCAGCCCCGCCAAGGACCCCUGGGCGCCCUCCGGCGCGGCCGGCAAGGACCCCUGGGCGCCGCUCGCGCAGAGCAAGUCUCCGGAGUCGCUGCUGUCGUCGCCGUCGUCGUCGGAGCUGGAGCAGUUCGACGCGCUGUCGCAGCGGCGCACCAACAACAACGUCGACAGCGACCCCUUCGACCUCUCCCUGCUCGGCGACAACCUGGCGCCGCAGGCGUCGCCGCCCGCCACGAACGGCACCAACGGCACGGCGCCCUUCGCGGCCAAGAAGUCGGCGUCGGCCUUCCUGGGCGAGAACUCGGCGCUGGUGAACCUGGAGCGGCUGCUGCAGCCCGCGUCGCCGGACCCCCCCGCGCCCAACCCCUUCGCCUCCGACGCGCCGCGACACAUGUUCCAGCCGCCGCCGCCGGCGCGCCUGACCAUCAACGAGCUGAAGCAGCAGCAGAUGGGGCUGACGGGCGUCGCGUUCAUGAGCCCGUCGCCGUCGUUCGCGGCGUCGGCGCCCGCCGUGCCGCUGCUGCCCGCCGGGGCCGCCGGGGCCCCCGCGGCGCCCGCCGCCGACCCGUGGGCCCCCACGGCGGCCCCCCGCACGCAGUCCCCCUGGGCCGCGGCGCCCUCGCGCCACACGCCCAACCCCUUCCUGUCCUAG